CUCAUCCUCACCUUCCACACACUUGAUCAGGCUUGCCCCUUGUCCAUCAACUGCGGCUUUCAAAGCAGUGGGUCAAAAACAACGACGCUAACACUGGAGCUGUAAAAUCUAUAACGGGGGAUCCCGUUUAAAGCACCACAGACACCAACUCGAUCAGCCAGCAUAGUGAUCAUUUGCUUCAUUUUCUGAGACGAAUAUCUGUUUCGGAGACGAGCAUUUUGAUUUGAAUACCACUCACACCGCUGCAGCCGCUGUCAAUCAAAUAAUCCCAAAUCGAAGCAAAAUGGUGCAAAAUAAGAUUAACGAAGUCACUGGAUUCCAUCGCUCAUUCAAGGGUCAAAAUCCCUUUGAGUCGGAUGGAUUUUCUAAAACUGGAUCCCAUCUUCUUGAUUCGGCCUACAAUUUUGAUUCCUCUCCAAGACAUGAUAAACCCUCCAGCCAGCCAAUUGACAUCCCCGAUGCCAAGAAGAGAAACAAGAAGAAGAAACGUUGCCGGGCAACAGACAGUUUCUCUGGCCGAUUCGAGGAUGUCUACCAACUGCAGGAAGACGUCUUGGGGGAGGGUGCUUAUGCAAGAGUCCAGACCUGCAUCAACCUUAUUACUAAUAAAGAAUAUGCUGUGAAGAUCAUUGAAAAGAGACCAGGUCACAGCCGUAGUCGUGUCUUCAGGGAGGUGGAGAUGCUGUACCAGUGCCAGGGCCACAGAAACAUCCUGGAACUGGUGGAGUUCUUCGAGGAAGAAGACAAGUUCUACCUGGUCUUUGAGAAGCUGAGAGGAGGGUCUGUCCUGGCUCACAUCCACAAGAGAAGACACUUCAGCGAGCAGGAAGCCAGCAUUGUGGUUCAGGACAUUGCCAGCGCUCUGGAUUUCCUGCACAACAAAGGAAUGGCCCACAGGGAUCUGAAGCCAGAAAACAUCCUUUGUGAACAUGCGGAGAAGAUCUCACCCGUCAAGAUUUGUGACUUUGACCUGGGCAGUGGGAUCAAACUGAACAGCGACAGUUCUCCCAUCUCCACCCCAGAGCUGCUGACUCCGUGUGGCUCUGCAGAGUACAUGGCUCCGGAGGUGGUGGAAGCGUUCAGCGAGGAGGCCACCAUCUACGACAAGCGCUGCGACCUGUGGAGCCUGGGGGUGAUCCUCUACAUCAUGCUGAGCGGCUACCCGCCCUUCGUGGGGCGCUGCGGGGGCGACUGUGGCUGGGAACUGGGGGAGCCCUGCCACACCUGCCAGAACACCUUGUUUGAGAGCAUCCAGGAAGGGAAGUAUGAGUUUCCUGAGAAGGACUGGGCUCGCAUCUCCUCAAGUGCCAAAGACCUCAUCUCUAAGCUUCUGGUCCGGGAUGCCAAAAAUCGCCUGAGCGCUGGCCAGGUGCUGCGACACCCUUGGGUGCAGGGGGGAGCCUCUGACACACUGCCAACAUCCAUCUUACAUCAAAGAACCAGCAGUGCCAAGGACCUGACGUUCUUUGCGGGCAAAGCAGUGGCCAUGAACAGACAGCUGGCCGAGCAGGACGUCAUCGAGGAGGAGCAGCAGCAGCUGGAUGGUCCUCUGGUCGUCACCAGCUCCAUGCGCCUCUCCCCUCCCUCCAAGUCCAAGCUGGCCAAGCGCAGGCAGAGGGGCAGCCUGCCCAAAGGGGCUCCCGUGUCGGCCGCCGAACUCCGCCAGCUCCUUGCCCCCCUCGUCAUCGUGGGAGACUGUGCCUGAUCCCUGACCCCCACCCCCAAUCCAGCAUCGCUCCGCACCACCUCAGAUCUACGGACAACCUCUUCCAGUCUGGCUCCUCUGACCCCCCCCCCCCCCCCCCCCCCCCCCGAAUACCUCUGCCACCUUGCAGGCAUGUCCCCCUCUAGCAGGCUACCUGCACCCCCCCCCCCCCUCUCCUCCUAGCUGCCUUCUGCCUGUUCUGCAGCACGUCUCAAAGCACAUCAGCAAGGCUAAGGGGCGGGGCCGGACGAGAGCCUGCAGGAGCCACAGCUGGAGACGUUUGUCAGAAAAUAAAUAUGUUUAUUUUUUUACUUUGUUUUCCCAUUUUCCAACCCAAAUCACAAAGUCGGAACAUUAAAAACCAAGCUCAGACACCAAAGGAUAACUCAGUGUGCUGCUUCCAUAUGUUACAACUGGGAAUCCACUGUGCCUGUGCCCCAUACAUGUAAUACACGCUUAUGCAAUGUCAGGAUGAAGGGUCAGGAGGGGAAGUGGGAGGAGGGGUAAGAAGGUAGCGAACCUACGUCCAUGCCUUGUGUGUCCCUUUCUCUAACGAGGACUCUUAAAGCUUUCAGAGAUAUUUUGCUUUAUCGUCCUAGACUCCUCAUCUGAGCCUCCAUAGUUGGGCUCAAGCCACAUAAUGAGCCUCCGAUAGCCCACGCACUUCAACCUUUUCAGUACCAGAGAAUGUCUGUCUAACUUAACCAGCCCUGAGGCAUGCUGCCCCUAGCAAUGCAGUUUGAGAAUCUAUGCCAGCUACCUGUGGCGAUUUUGUUGUUUUCAAUAUUCACGUGCAUCUUCUGUGUGACCUACCGAUCCUUCUAGAACUCAUUCGAUUAGUUCCGUGAUGAAUUACUUUCCCUUGAGUCCUUUUGCGGUCCCUCGGCAAUAAGGACACUUUUUUUUUUUUUGUCAGCUUCAAACCAUGACAUAAAGAGAAUUUGAGGAAACUAUUUCUGAAACGCAGGAAGGGCAAAUUAUUUGGUUUAAUUUCUCAGUGAAUAUGACAGUUGUAGCUAAUGGUUCCACAUGACAGAAUUCUGUAUUUUGAGGGGGGGGGGGGGGCUAAGAGUUAACGAAAUGUAUUUGAUGUGGACUUUGUAAAAAGACGUCAUUUUAACCCUAGUUACCUCCAUGGUCUGGUUUUAAAGGCACAUUUGGGCCGGUGUGGCUUAGAACCGUUCCCUUAGCUAAGAUACCAGGGUCAAAUUGGCUUCUCCAUUUAGAUGGUCACAGACUGUCAUCAGAAUGAUUCUAAAUAAAUAACGUUGUUAUUAUUAUAAUAUCUGGGGAAAGCUCCCGCAAGUCAAUGAUGGCAUCAAUGAUUGGCAUAAAAAAGGCGGAGAGUUUUUGGAAAACUAUACAAAAAAACAUGGAAAAGCAUUCCAAGAAAAUGGUAAAACUACAAAAAAAAGUCUUCCAAGACAUAGCUGUAUUAAGUUUAAAAAGUUUACUAUUAUUUUUGUAAGUGUCUUGUUUCGUUUAGUUAACUCCAUGUCAAUGUGCCACACUGAUUUAUAUUUUUAUGGCUGUUAUAAGCUUAUUUUGUUAUGAUGAACCUCCAUGCAGGUGCUGUUUAGGUGGAACGCAGGUUGUUUUUCCCCUUUUUAUUCUUUUUGUUUUGAUAGUAAAGAGUAUGUGAGGAAGGUGGCGGAAGUAUGGUGAGGAAGUGAAAAGGUUUUUUAAAUGUCUGGAGCGAUGUUUAUGCCCAGUGAAGGCUUUCGUUUUCUUUUUUUACAGUUUUGUAUGUGAAGUGUUGGUAAUAAUCAGUUUGGAAUAAGUUGAGCUCUUUCUGAAAUUGACAAAUAAUACGAUUUGAUACAGAUAGCCAUCUGCCAAAGAGGGUAAAGUAAUGUGUAAUCCAUCACCAUUGAGAACUGGUAUAGUGAACUUGUGAAUGUCCACGUGGUUUUGCCAGUACCAUAAGAGUGGUACUCUGGAACUGGCUCCACAACAGUGUCAAAGGGCCCAGUCUGCUGGUAAUGGGGACGCUGAUUGUAAUUGUUCUUUAUCUUUUCUACAGAUGCAUCUUGGUGGGUUUUUAUGUCUUAUAGUAAGACUUACUUGAAUUUGUGUAUACGCAGCCGUUUCGUCAUUCUUUGGGAAGCUAACUUGCUGUCCUGAAUCUGAACAAAAAGCAUUAAGCUGAUUUUAAGGCAAUCUUUGGGUUUGAAAAUACCUGUUCAAUUCAGUAUUUCUCUUGCCUUUUUUUCCUCAUGUGUAUCAGACAAGUUUGUCCCUACAUUUUGCUAGGGAUGGGAUUCUCAGACAUGCACAAAGACUUCGGUCAUAACCAUUUCGACAUUUUUUUUUUUUGUCUAAUGCAGUAGUUUUUGAACAAUUUUUAGUGGGAGAGAAUUGAUACAAGCCUCAAUUUUAUACAUUGUCUUUCUGAAAUAAGGAAAGUGACUAUUGGUAAUGAAUCAACUGAAUCGUUAAAAUCCACUUCCCCACACUUUGAAUGUAGCCCACAGGCAAAACAUUUGAAGUUCUCUAAGACAAUAAUUAACAUUUUUAUACAUGGUUAAAUUGAGGGGAAAUAUUUAUACUUCAAUAUGGUUAAUAUUAUCCUUGAGGCUUUUUACGGGUGUUUUUGGCACUCUUGAUUUUAACACUGUCUGAAUCCACCCCUGGCCCAAGAGUCAAUGGGCAACAAAAUUAAAUAUACCAUUAUUCGAAGACAAUACAUUUGAUUUCAAAUCAGCACUUUACUGUAACAUGUGAAUGAUUGCAGUUCACUUAAAGCAACGUUUGACUGUUGUUGCAGAAUUUUGUAUUGUUUUCUACAAAAACUACAAUAAAAUGCUUUGAAACUCA